ACAGUGAAGACACUGAAACAUGACCUUUCUCCCUCCAGUCCCCCCCUUUUCCUCCCUUCAUCUCCGGGGAGGCGGAGUCGGAAACGCGCAGCAGCAUCGGUCCUUCGUGUCUGCAGCUCCUCUCGCUUCGGCUGUCGGUUCGGUUCCUGUCCGAGUGGGUUAUUCUUCCAGUCUGCAGGAACGCGGAGGUUCUUCGGCCCAACGGACGGACGCAGCUGGCCGCACCGCGGGUUUCGACCCCGAUCUGCCGCGCGUGUUGCCUCUGAGGUGGAAAGCCCCGGACGGAGGCCCGCAGCGCGCUCCGCCUCCCGCAGGCCUCCGGCCCGGACUCCCGCAUUUCUCCAGGGAAAUGGACGGAUUUACCGGCAGUUUAGAUGACAGCAUGUCUGGAGCCAGCGUCUCCGAUGUCAACGACCGCCUCUCUGCUUUGGAGCUGCGUGUCCAGCAGCAGGAGGACGAGCUCACCGUGAUGAAAGCCGCUCUCGCUGACGUCCUUCGCCGCCUCGCCGCCUCUGAAGCCUCCGCCUCUGCUUCCAAGAAACACGCAGGCAAAGGCGGUGCUGCUCUUCGUGAAGCAUACUCAAUGUCUUCUAUUGCCAAUGGAGGAACACCUGGACGUAAGAGAGAGUCCACCUCGGUCACCAGGAAGGAGACAAUGUCGUCUGCUGCCAAGAGUGGAGCAGAGAGAAAGAAGGAGCUUGGCAGCCAGCGGUCUCCGAUGGAUGAGAUCCAGGAACGUGAGGAGCUUCCUCACCCAAAAGAUCUGUCUCCUUCUCCCUCCUCCCCCCACCCUCCCCAGAAUCUCCAGCAGCAGAGACCUCUUCAGUCUGCUGACAGCAGUAAAGCCAACGUUCCUCCCAAAAGAGGCCCCAGUGUGAAGCGUUCUCAAAGCAGCACCUGGGACAGUUCAGAGGAGAACAGGAACAGACUUGUGAAAGCUGCUUCCACCUCCAAGCUGUUGGCCAAGGUGGUGAAGAACGCCGACAGACACAAAGAGCCGGUCAUCAGUCAAGCCAAAUUGUCGACACGAGAGAAAAACAGUCAAGCUGAGGGGAAUCACAUUAAGAUGUUCAUGCGUGGCCGACCGAUCACCAUGUUCAUCCCUUCAGAUGUGGAGAACUAUGAAGAUGUUAGGACAGAACUUCCAUCAGAGAGACUCAAACUGGAAUGGGUGUAUGGCUACCGAGGUAGAGACUGCAGAGCAAAUAUUUACCUCCUUCCAACUGGAGAAAUCGUCUAUUUUGUUGCAUCCGUCGUUGUCCUGUUUAACUACGAAGAACGAACUCAGAGGCAUUAUCUCGGACACACUGACUGUGUCAAGUGUCUUGCCAUCCAUCCUGAUAAGAUCCGCAUUGCCACUGGACAGAUUGCAGGAGUAGACAAAGAUGGACGGGCCGUGCAGCCUCACGUCCGUGUCUGGGACAGUGUGAGUCUCUCCACCCUGCAGGUCAUCGGGUUAGGAACGUUCGAGCGAGGUGUCGGCUCUCUGGCUUUCUCCAAGGCUGACUCUGGUCAGCACCUCAGUGUUAUUGACGACUGCAACGAUCAUAUGUUAACAGUUUGGGAUUGGCAAAAGAAGUCCAAGAUCGCUGAGAUCAAGACCACGAAUGAGGUGGUGCUGGCCGUGGAGUUCCACCAUACCGACCCAAACACCAUCGUCACCUGUGGCAAGUCCCACAUUUUCUUUUGGACCUGGUCUGGGAACUUGCUGGCUCGUAAACAAGGAAUCUUUGGGAAAUACGAGAAGCCAAAGUUCAUUCAGUGUUUGGCGUUUCUUAGUAAUGGAGACAUCCUGACUGGAGACUCUGGGGGGGUCCUGCUGGUCUGGAGCAGGAGCUCUGCUGAGACCCCCAGCGGGAAGGGUCCCAGAGCAUUUCAGAUCAGUCGGCAGGUCAAAGGUCAUGAGGGCAGUGUGUUUUGUGUGUGUGAAAUGAGGAGCGGCACUCUGCUGACCGGAGGAGGGAAAGAUCGAAAAAUCAUCCUGUGGGACCAUGAACUGAGAGCUGACAGAGACAUUGAGGUGCCGGAUCAGUACGGAACCAUCAGAGCAGUGUCUGAAGGGAAGGGGGAUGAGUUUCUAGUAGGGACGUCUCGUAACUUCAUCCUAAGAGGAACCUUCAAUGACGGCUUCCAGGUGGAGGUCCAGGGUCACACAGAUGAGCUGUGGGGUUUGGCCUCUCACCCGUCCAGAGGUAUGUUCCUGACCUGUGCUCAGGACCGGCUGGUCUUGGCCUGGAGUUCAGAGGAUCACAGUCUCCAAUGGAGCCGCACACUGGAGGAACACGGACACUGUGCAGACUUCCAUCCCAGUGGAGCCGUGGUUGCCAUAGGAACACAUUCUGGAAAGUGGUACGUUCUGGAUGCUGAGACCACCGACCUGGUGGCGAUCCACACUGACGGAAACGAACAGCUGUCAUUGAUGCGGUUCUCUGUCGAUGGCGGCCUGUUGGCUGUGGGAUCUCACGAUAACUUUAUUUACCUCUACACCGUCGCAGAGAACGGACGCAAGUACAGCCGCUACGGGAAGUGCACGGGACAUUCCAGCUACAUCACACACCUGGACUGGUCGCCUGACAACAACUUCAUCAUGUCCAACUCUGGAGACUAUGAGAUCCUCUACUGGGACGUUCCAAACGGUUGCAAACUGAUCAGAAAUCGAUCUGAGUGUAAAGACAUCGACUGGGCAACCUAUACCUGCGUACUGGGAUACCACGUGUUUGGUGUGUGGCCGGAGGGUUCAGAUGGGACUGACAUCAAUGCUCUAAUCAGAUCUCACAACAGAAAGGUGAUUGCUCUGGCAGACGACUUCUGUAAAGUUCAUCUGUUCGCCUACCCAUGCUCCACCCCCAAGGCUCCCAGCCAUAAGUACAGCGCUCACAGCAGUCAUGUGACCAACGUCAGCUUCCUGUAUAAUGACAGUCACCUGAUCUCAACCGGGGGUAAGGACACCAGCAUCAUGCAGUGGCGUUUGGUGGAGAAGUCUUUGCUCUCCCUCCCUGACGGCCUCUUGUCUAACCCUGCCCCCUCCGGAGUGGACCCCCUCUUCAACCUGCUUCCUCCCACUGGGUCGUGUGUUGAUGUGGCAACACACGAUCCAGUCCUUCCUCCAACAGCCAAUGGAACCCAAGAACCCUUUCCAGACACCCCGCCCCCUACAACAGGGGAUCCGCCUACAUCUGAGUUAACCCCUCUCCAUUCCAUUUCAACGCCUCCCCCCUCAGACAGCACCGUGAGUCUGAAGGACAGUCUGGAGCCGAGUGAUGACACAGCCACGCCCAGUGAUGAGGGGCUCCCCCCUCUCACCCCCCCCUCAUAGAUGCGUUCAUGAGUGUCGCUACAGCUGUGUUUGUGAGGAACAGGAUGAGUUUCACACCUCGGGAGGAGACUUAGUGUAAAGAUCUGAGUCAGGUUUACAUUCAGUUUAAUUGGGUUUAGUGAUGGUUUAAUAACUCGGAGGUAAGCUGGGGUUAACACAAUAUGAUACAUAACUCAGUCAGAUCCCGGAGAGGAUACAGAUGAAACACUUAUUGAUAUCAUUCAAUGUAACUUACGCUUCCGGGGGAAAUCUGUGAUGUCCAUCCAGAAGAAAUGCUUUAGAACUCUUUUUUUUCUGCUGAUCAGAGAUUAUUCAGCAGACAUUUAAUAUCUCCUUUAAAUGUUUAAUGGCCAUUAAACGUCUGCUAGAUUUCAACUUAAUGUGAAAAAAUCGAAUCACGACAUAUCUGUGGUCCAGGUAUAAUGGUUUAAGGGCCUCUGGCAUACAUUGUCAAUGAGAGGCCUAUAGAAGUAUAAACGUAUAAAAGUAUAUGUGUUGGGAUUCAAACCUGUGGCUCCAGUGUCCCAUGUUUCUUUUCAACAGUCAACUGUUAAAAGUCACUUUCCUUCAGUUUAAUCAAAUGUGGUGUCACAUUUUGAUACACCUGGAGAAUUUUGAUUUACCUGAGGAAAUACUGGAAGGAGAGCAGUUACCUGUCACACCUGGACAUUUACUCUCUUCCUUUAUAGUUUGAAAUCACAGACUGUGCAAGAUGUGCUUUUUACAGAGAGCAGAGUACAGGCCUGGAACACAAGUGUGACAGGUGGCUAUCAGCUAACUUUUUCUCCUUCAAUAAACAGUCAAGCAGUUAGACCGGAAAUUAACCUGCAAGUCUUAAAUGUCUUUUAGAAACAUGCUGUUUUUUAAAUUUGGUUUAACAAUUGUAGUUCUUUAGAUAUAAAGAAAGUAAUGAUGUUUUAUCAGUGUCUUCUAAUGAGAAAUGCCUUAAUGAUUAUUGAUCAUGAGUUUCUAAGCAAUCAUGUACUAUGAGCUGCACACAAUUCUGUUUAACUGCCAAUCUCCAUAGGUAGGUAAAGUAUUCAAUUUAAAAACUAAAAAUACAUAUUUGACUGAUUUCUAUAAAUCAUCCUUGAUAUAUGAACUACCCAGUACAAACAUAAGAGAGUAACGUUAAAUUACACAAAGGAGAGAAGUCAACUUCCAC